UGCUUUUUGCUUGUACAUGUGCAGGCCGACGUUCUGGCGGAUCAUCAAGAACAAGGACGUGGAGGAGUUCAAGUCGGACCCGUACCUAGCGACGCUGCUCAACUGCAUGCUCUGGGUGUUCUACAGCAUCCUCUGCGUCCUAUUCGGCUCGGCAAUGUACGCCUCCCCGCUCACCAUCAUGGUACGAGUGAUCAAGACCAAGAGCGUCGAGUACAUGCCCUUCUUCCUGUCGCUGGUGAGCUUCCUCAACGGCGUCUGCUGGACGUCCUACGCUCUCAUCAAAUUCGACCUAUGCGUCACGAUCCCCAAUGGCCUCGGUGCGCUGUUCGGCCUGGUCCUGUACGCCUGCUACUACAAGUCGACCCCCAAGAAGGAGAAGCUCAAAUUAGAUUGAAGGCCCGCCCGAAGAAUAGGGAAUAAAUAAUCACUAUGUCUGUUAAGAACAUUGCUAGUUUCCGUUUUCGUAAUGCACUUUUCAUACCUCGAAAGUUCUAUUCCGAAUUGCCUUUGAAUCAACAAGUCGUUUUAUCAAGAAUUGCAAUUUCUACGGACAUAGAGGCUAUCUAUAAUGAUGAAUGGAAGAACCGAGGUGUUCUGCCCCAUGAUAAGGUCAAACUGCAAGAAAAGGUCAUAAGGUGUCUGAUUGUGUGGUGGGCCUUCCUCCUGUUGGCUGUGCACCUCACUUCCUUCCGGACUAUGGCAGCCAAAAUGGG